CAGCCAUGUUCUAAUUGCACCCCACGAUCCAUCACUACUGAAGAAGGACACUACAUGCCAAUCAGGUGGGUCCAGCACCCCAAAGGUCCUGCUCUUCAAUAUGCUGGCACAUCGAGAUCUACCUCUCGCCACAUCACUCCCGUCCCGUCCCAACCCGCAUCCCUGGGCACCCGCAUUCCCCAACCUGUCACCAGUACAGGUCAAAGAGGAGGAGAUCCCAAUCUCCCUCGAGGAACUGAGGCAGUCGCACAGCCUACAGCGACCCCUCAAGCAAUCCCCCAGUCCUCCUUGGGGCCACAGUUGGAAGGGAUCCUGAAGUCUGAGCCUCGUGAUGAUCCAGCAGUUACUUGGGCCAGCUCAUUGUCAGCAGUUCCCUCCACGACUCCAACAAUCACAACCACCAACUCUGCCCCCAGGCUGUCCUCCAUCCCCCCCGGCAGUAAUGUCGACCCCCACCCUCACUCCUCGUGA